AUGAUUAAUGCAGUAAUAUUGCUGAACGAUGACCUGGACAAUGUCAAUGAUUGCAACUCUUAUAAAACAUGCAAGUCCUCGCACAUGGCUAAGAGUUAAUCAAACAUGUUCUUUCUACUUUCUGUAUCAAUACCUCGUCCUCUUUUCCCAAUUGCGGGUUACCCCUUAAUUUAUCAUCAUUUGAGAAGUCUCUCGAAGAUAGAGCAAGUUUAGAAUGUUUUCCUUGUGGGAAAAUAUGAUCCUAAAAAGUUUACCUAUUUUAUCGAUGAGAUUCUGAGCUAGUUUUCUUUUAAGUCUGUCUAGUAUAUUCAUGAUGACGUGCCUAAAAAUGAAAUUGGGGUGCUUUUCAAAUACAGGGAUAAUUUUCUCCUGGACAAUCCUGAACAUCUGUUUCUCAUGAGAUACAAGAUAUGCAGUAGCUUCCCUCUAGCAGAUAUCAUCCAGUUUCACAGAGAAAAGGAGAGAAGAAUGGAUUAAUAUCAAUAUAGCAUGCGUGACUCUAAGAAGUUCACAGAAGACCCUCAAAAUAAAAACCUAGCUUUGAUUACUGCUGUGUCUGUUGACUAAGAGCACAAUACAGGCAAAAACUUUUCUUGUUUUGCCAUGAAUAAGGACACUAAUGAGAUGCUUCAUUAUUGUGAAAACUCAAGUAAUAAGUAUAGCAACUUGAUAAACUGCGGGAUAUACUUCAUUUCAGUUAGAUUUUAUACUGAGUUCGGAGUGGCUUGUUCCUUAGUUGAGGAUCAAGAUCAUACAAUGAGCCAGGGUUAGCUUGACAAUGAUGAAAAUUCUAACUAUGCAGGCUGUUCAACACCUAAGGAUCACUAGAAUUCAACAAUAUCAGGCUCAGACUUUAUCAAAAAUUACGCACAGAUUACAAAUCCUCAAAACUUAUAAGCAGCUGAUUAAAAAUCCUAAUAAUUCUAGGACUCGUUUACAUAUCUUAACUCAAUGGAAAGUUCUUUGACAGUUAAAGAACUUUUCAUGGCGCUGUGUGGAAAGAAGAAGGCAUAUAUUUACGAAAUUGACAAGAGUAAGGACUUCAUUUAGGAGAUAAUAAGACAUGAAGAUAAACUGAGUUGCUAGAAUAUGUAUUUUUUGCACUACAGUAAAGCUUGCCCAUAAAUGCUUUAGGGUCCAAAUGAAUAUGUCAAAAUUCAAACUAUAGGAAUUUGCUUUAUUCAUCCAACAGCUGAAAUUCACCCUGGUGCCUUAAUUGGCCCAAAUGUAUCAGUUGGAGCUUAUGCUAAGAUUCACGAAGGCUGUAGAGUUAUUAACUCAAUUAUUUUGGAGGACGCUGAGAUAUAAUCUAACUCUGUAGUAAUAAAUAGUAUGGUAGGAUGGAAUGCUAAGAUUGGUCCUUGGUGUCGAAUUGAGGGCACUCUUUUCUCAGAUGAGAAAUCAAAGUAACUCUAAGGUUAAAAAUUUGACGUCAGCGUCCUAGGAGUUGGCGUGGUGGUGGACCCAGAAGUAAUGCUGAGAAACUGUCUGGUAAUGCCUUUUAUCAAUAUCAAAUAGAACAACACUGAUCGUAUUCUAUUUUGA